UAGUGUCCUAUACAAAUCACGUUACUUCAAUCGAAUUUUAAAUUAGCCGCGAGUUCGUCGAGUUCCAGUAGGGUGUUCGUCGAAUUGGAGAAGGCCACUGCCUUCGGAGGAAGUAUUCGGUUAUGGGAAAGAAGGCGAAAUCUUCUGCUAACGCUCAAGUCGUACGAUCCAAGCUUCACCAAGAUUGCUAUGAAGGCCAACGUCUCGAUGAGUUGCUACAGUCGAUUCAGAGGGAGAUAAAGAGAGCAAGACUUCUGAAUGCGGAAUCCUUGCCGGCAAAAAUUUGGCUUAAGAAACAAUUUGCAGUUGGAGUUAAUGAGGUUACUAGAGUUCUUGAACGGAUGACGCCAAGUGGAGAUUCUGCUCGCAUAAUGAACCCUAAUUAUAAGGCGUGUACAGUCAGGCUUCAGGCUAUACUGUUAGCAGGUGAUUGCAACCCUCGAUGGCUGACAAACCAUCUCCCAACCUUGGCCUUGUCUAGGAACGUACCGUUGCUACUCAUGAAAGAUAAAGAAGGAUCUUUAAGGUUAGGUGAACUUGUUAACCUUAAAACAGCAAUUGCAAUUGGAAUAAAGGCGAAUGGGAGCCUUAUUAAUCAAUUGAUUGGUGAAAUUCUUCAAGGAACAGUAUCACUAAAAGUUUGAUGAGUACAACGAAAGUUGGGAUGUUGGUGUACAGUAGAAAUUAUACCAAAUAGAAGCAAAUUCUGGUCUCUCUUUCCCUCUAGCAGUAGAGAUUUUCUAGUUUUGUUAAUCAUGUGCGGUGGUCACUAUGGUAGGAAAGACAGUUCAUUCGGCUUGUAGUUGAAAAUUAUGCUGUCUUAUUAAGAAUGUUUGCAUGUGUCUGAGAAGCUGAAAUGGUAGUUACUUGUCAUUCAUUGAGUAUUUGGAUCAGAAUUUUGGCCUUGCAGUUUUAUGUGAAAAAGGCUUUAAUUAA